AUGUCUCACGCUGGAAGUAGCUCCACGUCCCCAUACAACCCGGAUACGUCGGGCGCCCUCUUCAGCCAUGACCAAGGUCCACCGAGAAAGAAGAUGCGCAAGGGAACAAAGAGUUGCUUAGAAUGCCGGCGGAGGAAGAUCAAAUGUACAUUUGAGCCUGGGAGACCUGCCGUAUGCAACGAGUGCUACGCCCGCGGCUCAACCUGCAUUGACCAAGAGCACGGUGAUAUUCAGACAUAUACUCAGGCAGCCUCCGAGCAAUCAUCGUACAGCCUAAGGGAACGGGUCUCCCAGCUCGAAGAUCUAGUCAAACAGGUAUUGCAUCGGUUGCCCGAGAGAGGCGCCGGUACCAGUGCUGAGGCCGAUGGGGACGGCGUGCCUUCGGGGACAGAGUCAGACAAGAGCCACGUAGACGCUCAGGCCGCCGAGGUCCUGAAAAGCCUUAAGAGUUCGUUGCGGCAGACGGACGCCAGCAUCGAAGAGUCCAUCCUCUUACCGGGCGGCCUUCGCGACGAUGCGCCCGCUCUGACUUUGUUUGACAACGCCGUCAUUGAACGGAAGGAGAGCCAACCUGUUGUCUCACGCGCGCAAUACAACAAGACCAAAACCCUUUUGGCCGCCCUGAAUAAGUUGCUACCAUCUGCGAGUGACUUGGAGGUUAUCCUCGAACAGUCGCACGAAUGGUGGACAAUAUGGAAGAAGAUGUUCCCCGAAAUCACAGACAGUCGGUGCGAAACCAUUAAAGAAUCAGUCUCACAUUCUCUACGGUCGGAGAAACCGGCGGAGCUGGCGAAGAUUAUGCUCUGCAUAGCCAUCAGCAUUCAUCAGCUGCCCAACCAUUUCGACUGGUCGAGGUUACACAUCAAGGAGGAGCCGGCAGAUCUGAUGGAGCGCUACAUUGCGACUGUCGACAAGCUGAUCACUUCGGACGAUGAAAUCGCCGCGACCUUGGACGGCAUUGAAUGCAUGAUGCUGGAGGCCAAGUACCACGUCAAUAUGGGCCGACCGCGUCGUGCCUGGCUAUUAUUCCAUCGAGCACUCGCAUUUGCUCAACUACUGGGGAUCCACAGGUUGGCGGCACAAGCGGACAGGACCUCUCUGGAUUACCAACGGUCACUUAACAUCUGGUGCCAUCUGGUCAUCGGUGACAGGUAUCUGUCGCUUCUCCUGGGCCUGCCAUAUUCGGUCAGCGAGAGCUUCGUAACCCCGUACAUUUCGGCAGCUGCAUCUCCACCCAACUCAGUCAACGAUGGAGAGUACUACGCGGGCAAGAUGGUACCCAUCAUAACUAAAAUGAUCGACCGUAACCAGAGUGUCGUGCCCAUGGGGUACUCGGCAACGCUACGACUGGACCAGGAACUGGAAGAGUUGCACAAUGCUCAAGAUCCAUCCUGGUGGAGCCUAGAACUCAUCCCCGGGGCUCGCGCCGAAGACCAUUUCGAUCGGUUAUCCGCGCAUUUCUACCAUCACCAAGCCAAACUUCUCCUCCAUAUGCCCUUCAUGCUUCGCUCCUCGACAGAUAAGAGAUACCAAUAUUCCCAUAGUGCAGCACUAGACGCCGCCAGGGAAAUGAUUCGUGUCUACGAGGCUCUUCGGACAAACCAGGCCGUUGGACCAUUCAUCUGCAAGUUGAUUGACUUUCAAGCAUUCACUGGCGCCAUGCUCCUGCUCCUGAAUUUAUGCGGCUACUCGCAACGCCACCGUGGGAGCACCGCCCAGCAAACCGACCUCGAGCAAGAUCAGAAGGACUCGGACCUUAUCGACAAAACGAUCGUCUUGCUGAAAGACGCUGCCAAGGAGCCAGGCGGCGUCGUGGCCGCGCAAAGCGCCCAGGCGAUGGAAAUGCUAGCUCGCGUACGGGAAGGGUGCGAUGACGAUGGCAAAGCCGAAUGCCGAGGCGAGACAUGUCAAGUGUCAAUUCCCUACUUUGGCACCAUUUCCAUCGGCACAGGGAAGCAUUUCGUGCCUAUCAAGCCCGGGACGUACGUGCAGCGGACCUCGGGCGGCGCAGCCGUCAACACGACCACUAGAGCCGGCGGCACCAUGACAAACACAGGACUGCCCACACCACCGUCCGUUUCUUCGAACAGUACACAGCCUUCCCCUCUCUCCACGACCCUCGACCAGCAUUCCUCCCAUCCUCAACCAUACGCGCAGGCUGUUGGUGCCUCGUCGUACGCAUCAACGAACUACGUCGCGCCAGGCCUCGAUCAAUGGCCGGACGCCACAGACUCGAUCUCAGACGACCCCUUCAUCACAUUCGACAGCUUCAUGGCGUUCCCACCACAGCCGCCCACCGAUGUCCCCACGGCAGGCGGCGUAAGCAUAUCGUCCAGCGGGAGUGGGUUCACGCCUCAGCCAAUCCAAGGCAGUCCGUACAAUCCCUCUUCAGGCACGCCUAAUCAGCAUCAUGAUAUGAACGCCUCUGUGGCGAGCGGAGGGCUGGCUGGACUUGCUUCAUCCGGGUUUCCUUUUGGGAGCUUCCCCUUUGGACAGUCGGGCGUCGACCUAGAUCAAGGCUGGAAUUGGUUCGGGGUGGACGCGCCAGCCAUUCAGUAG